CGGUCCGUGGCCACAUAUCUCUAACACCGUAUCUCGGUCCAGUGAAACUUGCGACUCUUCUUCUCUCUCCUUUCAUCAAGUUUACAUUGAAUUGGCUUCCACUAUGGCAGAAUGGAAGCUAGUCAGCCUCAACAGACUCCAUCCGCAUCAGUCCGAAAGAAACCAGCAUGCGCAGAAUGCAGACAGCAAAAGAUGCGAUGCGAAAGCGAUGCAAGCACCUUAGACCCGCCAGCUUGCUCACGCUGCUGCCGGUUGAAGAUCCCAUGCGUCUUUUCGGCACCGUUCAAGAGGACGCAUAAGCGGAAACGGCUACAGGAGCUUGAGGAAGAGACUACUGCUUUGAAACGCCAGCUAUUGUCUGUUUCUCCAACAGCACCUGCAGAUCCUCUCCCUAGUGGAAACGCUCUGCCUCCACAUCAGCCUCCACGACAGGAAGAGAAUACCGACGUCUCGCAGAACCCUGUAGCCAAGAUAAUAAGUCGUAAUGAGCCACCUGCUAACAAUGAUCCGACGUUUUCGAGAACUAUUGAUGGAAUAGAGCUUGCCUCUGGCAUCAUUGAUGACUGCUUUGAAUUAUAUUUCAAAGACUAUCACUCCAUGCUCCCAAUCCUCGAUCGUAGUCUCCCCCCAAACACGUUCUACCAGCAUGCCCCAUUUCUGUUCUGGGUCGUUGUCUCCAUCGGAUCUCGAAGAUACACGCGGCAACCUACCCUUACUCAAGCCUUAGCUCUACCCGUGACUCAACUAGCUGCUCAGUCGAUAAUCCUUCGAUGCAAACCAAUCGAGCGUAUUAAAGGCCUGAUACUUCUUCUCAACUGGCCAUUCCCUUCCGGUCCAUUCUAUCGUGAUCCAUCUUUUCUUCUUAGCGGUACUCUGAUGCAUAUGGCGAUGCAGUGUGGUCUGCAUGCACCUACUUUUAGUCAAGAGUUCUCAAAAACAUAUCUCAAGUCACCUGAACAGGAGCCUGUGCGAAAAGCAGAGAUGUGGGUUUAUGUUGUCAUUACAUACCAACGGACCUGCUUUGGUAGUGCGCAAGCAAACUUGGUUUCAUACGAAAUAUAUAACGAGCAAAGUCACUUCAAAACCUUACUUGAGAAGCUACCGGCAACAUUAAGAAUACAAAACCAAAUCAGUAACAUCAUCACCUGCGCCCAUAAAGCCUUACUAGAUCUUGGGCUUCUAACAAUGACCCUGCAGCAGGAGCGUACAAUGGACGCGCUUUUGAAGGGAUUCAAUACAGAGUUAGAUAGCUUAGAGAAUCUAACGCCAUCGAUCUGGGACCGCCUCUACAUAGCCACUGCUCGUCAAGAACUUGUCGUAAUGCACUUCUACAAGUCUGCAACAACCCUAGAUAUGCAAUCUUGCAUCUCAAUCUUCAACGCCAUAUCAAGUGUCCUCGAACAGAUCGGCGACCUUGACAGAGAGCACGGCCUCCACCGCCAGUGCACAAGGUUCCUUGUAGCAACCACAAUGUUGAGCUUGGCCAGCAUGGUUCGCAUCCUCAGAGGCCCAUUUGCAGGAUAUCUCGACCAAAAUCGCGGGUUCAAUCUCUUUCGCGCCGGUGUUGUUUUUACGCGGUCUUGUUCCGUCCAGAAAGGGGACUAUGCAGAGAGAAACGCGGCAUUUGCGGAGAGGAUGUGGAAGAGCGAUAAAGUGUUUCGCAACCCCGAUGGAUCGAUUAAUAUUUCUCUCCGUGUGAGGAACCGUCUUUCGGGUGGCCCAUUGCUUGAUGCUAUUGGAUGCUGGAAGGAAGAAUUCUUUGAUGCCGAGUGCACGCAUCCUACCCCUGCUAUUGAUAUUGGGACCGUUGCACCCUCAAGCACGACUGUUGGACUCGACGCUACGCUUAGUCCAAAUUUGGACCCUGGUGGCGCUCUGUCUAACCUGUCUGCAGCGCCAGAGUUCUUGCUAAAUGAUGAGCUUUGGGGAGAUCUAGACCUAGGUCUGAGUGACAAUUGGUAUGAGGCUGGGUCGAGUAUGAGCUGGAUGGCUUGAAUGGUGUAGGUACUUCUUCGAACAUUGUUUUGUUUAGAGCUUGAGUCAACACCCGCCAAUUCGACGGCGGAACACUCCCAUUCCCCUAUAACCUUCCUCGACGCCUUGGGCAUGAAGAGCGCAUACUCCACCAAUCUGAACACUCCCUCCAAACUGCGGUAUCAUCGGAUGGUCGGCUCUCGUGCGAUAGAUGUCGGAGACUCCUCCGCAGGUCCGCGUUGGAGCUGCUACCUUCGUCUUUCUAUCGCUUUAUGUAGGUGGUGCUAUGGCCAUCGCCAUAGAAAACAGUGAUUCCUAUUCCUGCGGGGUUACCGGUG